ACUUCCCAUUUGAGGACAUCCUGACUGUAUAAAAACAGGCAGGACGGAGCUGAGAGGCCACAGACGGACUGUAAACUCAGAGGAAGACGACAAGAUGGAGAACAUGAAGAGCGCCAGGAAAGAAGACAGCGGAGACGUCGGCAGUGAUUUAUCAGAGCAGAUUAAAGCUGCCACCAAAGAAAACCACGUCAGAGCUGAAAACACUCAGCUGAUGCUGAGUUACCAGAAAGGACAGAUCACCCUGACUCAGUACAAGGUCCUGCUGUGUUCCCUCUAUGAGAUCUACAAAGCUCUAGAAGAAGAGCUGGACAGGAACGCCUCCCAUCCCGCCGUGGCUCCGAUAUACUUCCCUCAGGAGCUCGCGCGCUUGGAGUCGCUCGAAUGCGAUCUGGAGCAUUUCUUUGGCUCCGACUGGAGGAAGAAGGUGAUCGUUCCCGCGGCAACGCACAGAUACGAACAAAGACUACGACAGAUCGGCAAAGAGCGCCCUGAGCUGUUGGUCGCUCACGCCUACACUCGCUAUCUCGGUGACCUGUCCGGAGGUCAAGUGCUUGGGAAAAUCACCCAGAAGUCUCUGGGGCUGAGCGGCAAAGAGGGGCUUUCGUUCUUCUCCUUCCCCGGCGUGACGAGUCCGAAUCGUUUCAAGCAGCUGUACAGGAGCCGGAUGAACAGCAUCGAGCUGACGGAGGCAGCGACGGCGGCGGUGCUGAAGGAGGCCGUCGACGCUUUCCAGUGCAACAUCGAGGUUUUUGAUGACUUGCAGAAAAUGUUGAGCAUCACGACAGAAACUGGGAAUCAACCGGACGGUGCCAAAACGACCACGUUCCCACGCGUGAUGCAGUUCACCAUGGGAGUAUGCGUCGCUCUGACCACCAUCGGGAUGGCUAUCUACACCUCGUAGCACUCCUGACCGGAGACUUACGGCACUUACAGCACUUUAAUGCAACAAAUCAAGAUUUGAAGAAAUUUGUCUCAAAGAAAUCACGACUGAUUUUGUUACAUUUGUUUGAACUUUAUUAAACGUUUCUACACUGUAAA